AUGUUUAACGAGCUAAUUGCUGAUGUUGUUAACGCCGCAUUAUCAGCAUAUAUUGAAGGACUUACUAAAGAUACUUUUAAGCUAUCUUUACUUACUUCAAACCUAGAAAUGAAUAACGUAGAAUUAUAUAAGUACGGUCUAUUGCAGAACAACAUACCUAUUACUAUUGAAAAAGGCAUAAUUAAGUCAAUUCGAGCGCAUAUUCCCUGGGCAACGUUCAUGACGACGCCAAUGGUUUUAAAGGUAAGUGAUGUUAUGAUUUCUUGCAAAUGUUGGUGUUCAAAUGAUCAGCAAUAUCCAUCAGUUAAACUACUACGUGAGAUAAAACAGCAUCAGAUUAAUGCUCAUGAAGUUUUUAAAUCAAAAAUUAAGUCCUUACUUAAAAUAAUAUCUCAAUCAUUAUUCGUAAAUACUAUAACAAGUAUUGUAGCAAAAGCUAAGCUCCAAAUUGAUAGAAUUAACGUCAGAAUAGAAUUUGGAAACCGGAAUUGCACAGUUUUUGGUUUUCAACUGGAUAGACUCAUAGUAGACGAUGUUAAAAAACCUCACAACAUACUUGUUGAACGUGCAUUCAGUAUUUCGAAUAUAUCUGCGUAUAUUGAUCGAAAUCAGACACCAAUUGAUUGUUCAAAUACGGCUAUCUUUUCUCAAAUGAUGAAUAAUGCGAUUAACUCGACUCAUGAUUGGAUCAUGUUGCCAGGAAACAUGACAGGAACUUGUUCAAUGAAAGAUAUCAACAGUGAAAUUGAAAUUGAUACGAAAACAAGAAAAAUUACGUUAGAUUUGACUGAUUGGCAGGUAGAAUUUCUAUUUCAAACCAUGAUAGAAAUACCGAAAUUCUUUAAAUACUUAAAAGGUUCAUUGGUUUUGAGAAAUAAGAAUAUAAAUACUGAUCUAGUUGCAUUUUGGAAAUUUGUAGACCAAACAUCUAGGAAAAUGAAUGAAAAAGAAGAUGUUCGAAUCGGAAAUUUCAAAAAUCUUUUCAAAUUCAUGAAAAAAUACACUUCUAAAUGGAAAUCUAAUCCGAAUCCACCUGAGAAACCAAAAAUUAUACAAUACUGUGAUAUUAUCUUUCCAUAUUAUAAUAUUAUUUUAUGGAGAUCAAUGGCUGAGAACUCAAAAACUGGAAAACUGUCAUUCAAAACGAUGAAAAAAGUUAUUGAUCAAAUUGACUUUGAUGGCCAGUAUAUUUUUGUAAAUCUAUUGGCAAGAAUCCAUUUCAUGUUCAGAACUCCUCUACUAUUCUGCAGAAUUCGAUCACAGACUGAUCAAGAAGGGCUUGUUUUCAAUAUUUCCAAGCCAACUCUCCAUUUAAAGCAAAUCAACAACGGAAUUUCCAUUGAUAUCACAUCCACAGCAUUUUCUGCCCUCAGAAAUGGUUACAUAGUACUUGAAUCACAAGAUACAGAUAAUGAGGAUUUCAAAAUCCAUUUGGAAUUAUUCAACGAAAAUUCCAAGUUUUUCACACGCUUGUCCAUCGAUGUUUUGGCUACAAAUUACACUGUAGAUGUUCCAAAACUGCUUAGCGUUCAGAUCCCAUUCGAUCUGUUCGGAAUGAUUGAGACUAUUAUCAAAAUUAUGAAGCAUCCAGCAUUUAUCAUUCCGCCAAUUGAGUUUUCGUUGAAUACUCCACCAACGCAGAUCUUUUUGAAGAUGAACAAUCAAGUAGAUUUCUUGAUAGUGAUUGAAUCUUUAGCCAUUUCGACGUCUCUGUUUUCUGCAAAAGAUUUUCUGGUAAACCUCACUUUAUCAAAUGUCAGUAUUUCAUUUGGAAAGAGGAUCCAGCACAAACUUCUAGAUGAUUUCAAUAUGGAAUGUAAAAUAACAAAACAAGGUACAGAAAUCAAUGUCAAACCUUUCACUGCAGAGUUUAGUUGGAGUAAUAUUGAUCUUUUGUACUCAAUUUUGCCACUUCCUUUACCAAACAUUGAAUUAAAUCAGAUCCUCCAUUUAAUUUCCAUACUUCCAAAAUAUAGUAUCUCCAUCAAUGCUCCAAGUGGAACAAUAAAUCUUGGGAUGCCAUAUUGGAGUUCUCCGCUGAAACUAUCAUUCGAAUCAGCGAAAAUUCAGACUAUGAUCCCGGAGUUGAAUGUAAGAAUGGAUGUUGAACAAUUUGGAAUUGAGCGUAUAAUAUCGGCUCAAAAAGUAUCUCUCGGCUUGAAAGAUUUCGCAAUCACAAUGAAUGUUUCAUUCUGCCAUCUCUAUUUCUUCCGAUUUUUCGAGUUUUUGCCAAAGAACUUAAAUAUGUACUUGCCCAGCGGCCUCACUAUUCCUCCAAUCAAAAUGUCGCUCUCUGUCGAAAAGUUCAUGGUCGACGCAAGUUUGAAGGAACAAGAGAAGUUCAUUCUUGAAUUUUCGAAUUUUGAUGCUGAUAACUUUAGAAUGCUCUCGAAAUUAGCUGUGUCAACAUCUGUAUUCAUCAGAUUGGAUAGCUACCAUUUCACAGAGACAUUUCCUGUUACUGGUUCUCUCGAGAUAAACGGAGGCCUCUUCAAAGUUAAUUUGGAUUUCGAAAAAGUACCGUUUUUAAUGACUGACUUUUUGUUGAACCACUUUUUGUCUGUUCCAUUUGAUGUAGAUACAAUAUUCCCAGAUGGAUUGACGCUCGAUGUGUCUGCAAAGAUUGGUAAUUUAUCAGUUUACAAUUAUUUAAAUCUCAAGACGAUAAAAAUUGAUUUUAUUGUCAACAAAAAUGAAUUGAGAGGCUCUUUAAGCAUGGAAAAGAUGGAUAUGAUCUUCUCAAAGGUCGAAUGCCAAAAUUCAUCUUUGUGUCUAAUCGACUUCGACCUCAAAAACAGAAAAUCAAAAAUUGUAGUCAAUGAUACUGUUUUGACAAUCAAUUUAUUGCAGAUUUACGAGGAGUUUAUUCCUAUUUUGUUGAAUGCCAAUAUAAAGAUGCCACCUCCAAUGGCAAUUGAUUUGACAAUGAAGCCAAGUUCUUUAGUUUUAGUUUUGCCGAAUUCAGACUGCAUCCAUUGCGGUUUGUCCGAUACUAUGACCGCAAAAAUCAACACAAAAGCAUUUUCAAUUGAUGCAGGCAUCAAAAAUGUUUUUGCAAGAUUCAACAAUUGCGACAUCUUUAACCUCCAGUUUAUUAAUAUCAAAGGAGAUAUCGAGAAGUUCAAUAUUGUUUUGGGUAAAUUGAAUGCUUCUUCUUCCAUUUGGCACAUUCUAAGUUUGCUGAACUCUGUCAAGGAAUUCCAUAUAUAUCCUUUCAAGCUUUCACAAAUAUAUCUACCAAAUAUUGAAGUUAUAUUUGAUAGGAUAAAUUUGUCGCUUUGUAGCCAAACAAAAUCAAUGAAAUUCGGACCAAAAACAUUAGAAAUAGAAUGCGUAAAUACAAGUCUUGAUGUCAUAGACAAUUUUGUUUGCUUCAAGACAGAUUUCAAAGGAUUUUCAUCUUCCUCACACUUCAAUCGCCAAAAUCUCAUAGAAAAAUCGAAUAUGACUUUCAAUUUUGACUUGAAGAAAUGUGCGGAAAUGAACAUCAGCAUAGAUCAUCCGCUGAAUUUGAAUAUCAACAAAAAGAUUCUCUCAUCAAUUUUGAAAACAAUAAAUUUCAAAGACAAAAAACCUUCACUCCUGUUUACAAACGAAACAAAUAGAAAUUUUGUUUUGCAAUACUUCAAUCACAGAAUAGAACUGAAGCCUAACUCUUCUUUACACGAUUUCACAACGGAGUACUUCGAAGUAUUCUAUCUCUCCGACUUCAAAAACACUGAAGAAAUUGUUUUGAGUGAUUUCAUUGAAGAAAAAGUUGUUGUUUUGAAUCAAUUAAAUGUUAUCGCUGUUUUUAAUAAUGAAAAGGUGAUAAUUCAGCCAAAACUCAAAGUACAAAAUCAAACUCCAUUGAAUUUAAUAAUAAAUAAUCGAUUGAUCUCAAAAUAUGAUGAAUGCGAACUAGAUGUUAAUAAUUCGACAGAAUUAAAUUUGUUUGCAGGUGAACAAUAUUAUAAAAUCAGUUUGGUUGGCGAAGUUAAGUUUACGAUUGGAGAUUUGUAUUUGAUCUCGACUCCCGUUGAGCGCAACUCCCAGACAACAGUUGUUAUUCAUCCACUAUUUUUAGUUUACAAUAAUUUACCAUUCGCAAUUUUUAUUUCUUCAAAAAUGUCAGCAAGUUAUAAUAACUAUGUCGAUUCUUCCAAUUAUGUCGGAUUAGUAAAAGUCUCGGAAGAGCAAAAAUUCCUAAGAUUUUACAUCUCUUCAAAAGACAGGAUUAAAUCAUCAAAAUGCAAAAUUGAUACAGAAAUAAAAGAAGGAAAAAUAGAAGUCACUCUAUCCAAUGAAAUCAAGGCAAAUGUUUCUUAUUACAUUGACGAAUCAAACAAAAUCUAUUUGUCUGGAAAUGUUGUUCAUAACUUGACAAACAUUCCAUUUGUUAUAUCAUCUUUUCCCGUUAAGUUUUCAAAUAGCCAAAAUAUGGCGAAAAUUAAUAGAAUUUUGUCAUCUCCGAGAUUUGAAAUUGAUCAAAAAGAACAGAGAUUAUCAAUAGAUGAGCCUAAAUCGAUGGUGAAAAGCAUUUCUCACGAAUCAAUUAUUUCAAGUCCUAGGAGCGAUAAAGCGGAAAACUCUAUUUUAGCUGAUGAAGAAAAACCCAAGCAAAUUGUUACAAAAUUUAUUAAUGAUGAAUUUGAUGACAAAACUGAUGAUGAGGAUUUGAAACUUUUAAUAAAAAAGGACAAAAUAAAAGUGAAAGAAAGUCCAAAAAGGAAGUCAAUUUCUAGAUCGAUUUCAAGCAUAUCUUUGCGCAAGCAACAAGUUGACAAUAUCGCUCCAUCAUCUGGUGUUUUCGAUGGUUUGGUAUUUGUUCCAAAAGAUGAAAUAACUCUAAUUAAUUCAUUAGAUAAGAUUUUUAUUUCGAACCAAGAAAUCAAUACCUCGCAUAAAACUCAUCAUCUGCAUCUUGAAAACUUGCCUUCACAGGAAUUUCCAAUAAACGUUUUCAAGUAUGAGAACGAAAUAUUCAUUGUUCCGUCAACUGUCAUCAUCAACGACUUGAGUAGGGAUAUUUUUGUUGACACAAUAACCACGCAUAAUCACAAGCUGAUGUCCAAGCAAGGCUUCGUUCUGUACUCAAUCAACACAUCGCUUCUUGUAAAGAUUUCCUUCAACAACUCGAAAUACUCGAAACCUAUCAACGUUCUGGAGUUAAAGAAAGACCAAGACCUUUACAUAGGUAAUGAAUUCGUCACUUUACAUGUCGAAAAUAAAAACUAUGUGAAGCACAUUGUAAUAAAAGCAGCAAAAACAGCAAGGAAACACAGAAUUGCGAACAAAACAAACUUAUCAAUCAAAGUAAAACAAAGUCAGAGUGAAAAAGAGUUUGUUGAAAUCAAACCUAAUGAAACAAUUUAUUUCGUUGUCGAAAAAUUUUACCAAAGUUCUUCAUUCCUAGAUGUCAUAGCCUGCGACAAAUUCUUCUCAUUGGAUCUCAGCCGCUGUAGUUUCCAAAAGAAAUUAGACGGUGCAUUGUAUUACUUAGUUAAUUUCAUUUUGUUUUCGGAUCAAGUUUCUAUUGAAUUUUCAGAAAUUCCAGAGAUAAUCAGUGAUAACAUUCUUUUCGAUAUCAAUUUCAUAAUCAGAGAGAUGGUUUUGAACUUCACGGAUUCCGAAAUGAGGCCACUCUGCCUGCUAUUGCUUUCGAAUCAGAAUACAGAUAUACAAUUUGACAAAAGCGGCUUCGGGAUCAAUUUUUCUUUGAGUUCCGUCAAUCUGAUCAACAAAAUGCAGAAGCCUGUUUUUGAAAAUGUCAUGUUUUCUGAUGGAGGAAACAAAGAUUUUGUCAUCAAAUUUAAUUCUCAUUUUUCGGGAUUAAUUAAGAUCGAUUAUUUAACUAUAGAAAUCGGACAAACAACCGUGUGUUUGGACCUGAAUUUCAUUUCCCAGUUUUUGAAGUUAAUUCCAGAAAAUCCACCAAACUUUACCCAAAAACCUGAUUUAUAUUUGUUACCUUUUGAAAGACAGUUUAGAGAGUGUGAAAUAUAUUAUUUAUUAUCUCUUUUCAUUCCAGAAAAUUUGUGGAAAUGUUUUUGCUUGAAAAACAUCAAGGUUUGUCCAACAAAGUUAGCUCUUUCUUUUCAACCACACGUUGAAAAUAGUCUCCCAAGAUUAUUCCAAGUCCUUCCAAAAGUUGAGAACGCUGUAAUGGUGUUUAAACGUCCAAUAUUUGAGGUUAAUGAAGUGAAAUCGCUUUUCUCGGUCUUAAAUGGUUUUAGCAAGAGGUCACUCUUCAGAGCUGGGUUUAGUUUAAUGCGAAACACAGAGUUAAUGGGGCUUCCAAGCUCUAACAUCAAGAAGUACUUCUACAAUAAGAAGAAAGGAUUCACUGUCAGAUUUCUCUCGACUGGUAUUUCUAUCAUCCAAACUGUAUUUGCAUAUUUAUCAAAUACAUUGCACAUCCUAUGCAAUACUGAGAAUAUCAUAGAAAGUAAUCGCGCUGUUUGGGGUGUGCUGAGCUUUAUCUCAGCUUUGUGCAUUUCCUUUAGAUCUUUUUCAAACUUGAGAUCACUACGCCCUUCAAGUAUUUUCAUAUGUUUUACUCUGUUUUUGGCAAAUAUAAUUCUGGCUUUUGUUGAUCUGUUCUACGGAUUGACUGACUGGACUCUGCAUAAUUUAGCAGGAGAAGUCCAAAAUGAAGAUGAAAUAGUCGAAAUUCCUGAUGAUGUUUGCAUCGCAAAUGGAGAAAUUUCUGUUUCUGGUGAAAAGAUUCCAAUUGAAGAAAUAGAAGAUUUGAAAACUGAAGAUAAAUAUGUCUCAUUUUAUCUUCCUAGCGGAAAGGAGGUUUUAAUCGACUGCGAAAAUGAUGAUGAUGCUGAAAAACUAUACCAAUUAAUUGUAAAUGAGAAAGAAAAAUUCUCAGAUUAA